UCCGUCCAUCUACUCAGUUGCAAAGCAGACAUGUAAAGAAUAUCAGUCUGGCGAUCAGGUAAAUAUCGGAACGACUGUGAUCGACGCUGAAUGCUUGGAUCAAGCUAACACACGUGCGCCUCCACAUGCCGCAUACCUCAACCCUGCAGCAGCUCAGCUAGGUACCUGGGUAAAAUGAGCUUCGCGAACAACACCACCCCGCAGUGAGACGGGCCCGCGCAAAUGCAGCCAUUGAUUGACGGUAGAGCGCCAUGACGUAUUGGCCCAUCUCCUCGCCCUCUGUCUUCGCGGCCACCAAGCACACGAAGGUCGAGCACACACGCGUCUCCCACGAUGGCAUUGAGCAUGGCGAGUCGGAGGCUGAGGCUGAGACAUCUACGCAGGCGCAGAGCCGGGUGAAAGAGAAGGAAGAUGCGUACGUAAAGCAGCAACGCGAAUCGACCAAAUUGGUAGAGGAGGAUGUGCAUGGCGCGAUCAUCGCCAUCAGGGUGACCAGGAGCGGGCACAUGUUUGCUACUCUCACCCGGACGACUCUGACUAUCUGGCAGACGAAGCCCACAGUCAUCCUAGCCUCUGUCUUGCGUUCGGAACAGUCGCUGAAUACAUACGGUCCCAAUACAGACAUUCUCCUGCGUCCCGACUCUCAGAUCUUCGUCGUGCAGACCACGCUUGGUUUCUUGGUCACAUACUCCCUAGCGGCAGACCCCUCUGCGCGCGUCUACAAGACUCAGUUUAUCAACACGCAUGGAGGGCAUUCCAGAAAGUCUAGCGCCAUCUCGGGGUUUAAGAUUCAGCGUCAGCACGACACCAACGCGGGGCCAGGGGAGGGCAGUGGCACCAAAGAACUGAGUCUCCGUUUUCGCAUGGUCAUACGCGUGGAUGCUGGGAUAGCGAAAGCACUGGCUUUGGAUGAUGAGUUGGUCGUCGCGACGGAGAAGCCUGCAGCCAUGCAGUGCAUUCGCUGGGCACCCGACAGUAGUGGGAGCCAGACAAGCACCGAGCUGCUGAACAAGAUGCUGUGGCUGGGCAAGAAGGCGUCAGUCAUCGACAUGAUACAUGAUCGGCCGAUGAACCUAUCGUGCUGGAUCACAGGAGAAGGACAAGCGUUCGCCGUUCAGCGAGUGAAUGCAAACGGCGCGCGAGACGGAAAUAGUACACCCAACCUCUUUCGCGGCUACGGCUUCCACACUCCAGAGACAGCCGAUGAGUAUGGGACAAAAGUUGCUAUCAAUGCGAGAUUCUCUCUACUUGCUGUUGGAUGCACUAAUGGCGAUAUAUACGUUUACACCGCUCGAGACUACACUGGCAACAUACCGAUCUCGCACAAAAUGCGGCCUAAUGUCACCUCGCCGGGAAAAUUGAAUGUCCUGGCUUACUCUCCAGAUGGAUACUGUCUAUUCGCUGGCUACGAGAAUGGGUGGGCCAUGUGGAGUGUAUACGGCAAAGCUGGAGCUACUAGCUUUACUACCGACCGGACGCUUUCGGAAACAAACAGCGAGGCGUGGCUUCUAGGGGUUCAAGACGCUUUCUGGAUUGGAGGCGGCGCAGAGCUCAUCGUACUGGGCAACCAUGACAAUCGCUUGUUUGUAAUGGAAAUGGCACGAAGCGCCGUCACCGGCUGUUUCUCGUCGGCGAAUGUUUCGAGAUCGCUCAUGCAGACCAGUGCUGGAUUUAUGAUAUACCGUGGGUAUGACUUGCCGGAUCUUACAACAAUCUCAGCGGAUGUCUCUCUAUGGCACCACGUUCAGGUACCGUCUCAUUAUCUUGUCGAUCAAUGGCCCAUUCGAUGUGUUGUUAUAUCGAACGAUGGACGAUAUGUCGCGAUCGCUGGAAAGAGGGGGCUUGCACAUUAUAGUGUCAACAGCGGAAGAUGGAAGACUUUCGACGACCCGUUCAUAGAGAACGAGUUCACUGUUCGGGGAGGAAUGUGUUGGUUCCAGCACGUCCUCAUCGCGGCAGUUGAGUCUCACGACUCUCAUGAGAUCCGAGUUUACUCACGCGAGUCGGCACUAAACAACAGCCAUAUCAUGCAUGUACAGAAACUGCCUGCUCCUAUUGUGCUCAUGGCUCCUUCGGGAGAGGAUUCGCUUCUUGUUUAUACAUACGAGAACAUACUAUACCACUACAUAAUUAGUGUUGCGGACACUGCUGUAAAGCUGGUUCAAGUCGGGCAGAUCGCGCUGCAUGGCAUCGUUCGUGCACCUCCCAGGGUUCGAGCACUGAGCUGGAUUUUGCCGGAAGAUCAGAUUCACCACGGAGAUCCCUCGCAAGACGUAUCUGUGGCCACGAUAUUGUUUCUUGUAGACGGCAAGCUUGUGCUGCUUCAACCCUCGACAACAGAAGGCGGUGAACUCAAGUACGACAUGCGGAUUAUUGCACAGAACGUUGAGACGUAUGCACUCAUGCGUGAUCAUCCUGCUUUCGCGCUAGAAACCCGAGCAGAUUCCUUACCGCCUAGUCCUUCCAUAGGGCUGACGACAGACGGUGUGCAUGGCCACGACCUGCGGGAUUCCUUGUGGUAUUUCGAUGGGAUCGACAUGCGAGUGUGGAUCGACAUGCAGGAUGUCUUGUCCUCGGCAGCAGUCGAACUCGGCAGGGAACUACCUGUUCCUGUCAAGAUUCCAGUCGACUUCUAUCCUUUGUCCGCUCUGAUCAACAAAGCGAUUGUGUUCGGCGUGGAGUCGGAGCUGGUGCAGCGCAGAGACACAAGCUUUGCCUACCUGCGACUUGGAACAAGGACACAUCUCUUCCUUCCCGCGCUUCUACGCCACCAUUUGGCGCAGUAUAAUCACCCGGCAGCCUUACACCUUAGCCACCACUACCAGCACCUGCUGUACUUUCCUCACGCACUAGAGAUCUUACUGCAUGAGGUCCUUGACGAAGAAGUGGACACUCAGCCACCGCCUGAACAGGCACUGUUGCCGAGUGUCCUGUCCUUCCUGAGCUCUUUUCCGCAGUAUCUCGACAUCGUGGUCCAAUGUACUCGCAAGACUGAGGUCCGCUCCUGGCGAACGUUGUUUGCCCAUCUCCCGCCACCUGAAGAAAUGUUCGAGGAAUCGCUCCAGAAAGGCAACUUGAAGACUGCAGGAGGUUAUCUUCUGGUGCUCCAUACUUUUGAAGAACUGAAAUCGACCGGCGACCAGGUUGUCCGGUUGCUCCAGCGCGCGAAACAAGACCAGGACUGGGAUCUAUGCAAGGAACUGGCGCGGUUCCUCAUGGCUCUUGAUGAGACGGGCGCAACGCUCCGGCAAACGCUAGAACUUGUGGAGCUGAAGACGCCGUCAGCGGAGCCAGGGCUCAGCCAAUCUCACUUCACUUUCGAGACCAGUCGGUUGCAUGUUCCGAUAAGGGGUCGCAGUAAUGGACAUGGGGCCAAGGGACCAUCAGGUAGUGAUAGUGCGCACAGCGGGUCAGGGGAGGAUAGUAUCAGUCCCGCCGACGGAGCCUUGAGCCCGCGAGACACGACCAUGGAACGAAACCCCGGCGACUACUUUGGCCUUGGAUUGGGAAGGACUUGUUAGUGAUAGUGUUGUUUUGGACCCCAAGACUCGGAACAUGUAUCUCACUAGCGACCUGCCAAUCAGCUCUGUGUAUCUCUAAGCAACCGGUGAGAUCAAUGCCGUCAUCAACACAUCCCCGGUUUCUGUGGCGUUGGCUUUCCCUUCAGCUGGGUCGUAAAAACCUCCUCAGACUGAGAGUGGAAGGUGACUCUACAUGCGAUGUGGCUGCAUACGGCCGUCAAAUCUUUACGAUCAUCUCGGCAAAUCAUGCCUUCUUUCACGCUAUGUUGCACUAGAUGGCGUUCAUGUAGCAUAAAUCUCCUCGUUGAAGAAAUGUAUGACUACGAUUGCACGGUUGUUGCUUGUUGUGUUACC